AUGCGGCUAGCUGCAAGCGAAGGAAUUCCGGUGUGGGGACCAAAGAAGGAGUUGGAUUUGUCUGCAGUGCAGACGUCUCUGCGUGGUCGGCGGGAGCUGCUGGAGCAGGCGUGUCUCACCCACACCAAGAAGCGACGGGUGUUGACCCCAGACGACCUCCGCCACCUCAUCGUGGACGAUAAGCAUGGCCUGCUGUACUGCUACGUCCCCAAGGUGGCCUGUACUAACUGGAAACGCGUCUUCAUGGUCCUGACGGGGGACGGACGCUACCACGAGCCCCUAGCCAUCCCUGCCAACGAGGCCCACGUGGCUGGCAACCUACGCACACUGUCAGAGUACUCUACCUAUGAGAUCAACCGCCAUCUGCGCAGCUACCUGAAAUUCAUCUUUGUGCGGGAGCCCUUCGAGAGGCUAGUGUCGGCCUACCGCAACAAGUUCACCCGCAGCUACAACACGGCCUUCCACAAGCGCUAUGGCACCAAGAUAAUCCGCCGGCAUCGGCCCCAACCCCAGCCGGAUGCGCUGGAGCGGGGCAACGACGUCUCCUUCCAGGAGUUUGUGUACUACCUGGUGGAUCCCCGCACACAGAGAGAGGAGCCCUUCAACGAGCACUGGGAGCGGAUCCACUCACUGUGCCACCCCUGCCUCGUCCACUACGAUGUGGUGGGGAAGUAUGAGACUCUGGAGCAGGACUCCCGCUCUGUGCUGCGGCUGGCUGGCGCUGACGGGGAGGUCCACUUCCCUACCUCAGGCAAGAGCACCAGGACCAACGGGGACAUGGCAGCUCAGUUCUUCCAAAACAUCAGCCCCUUUUACCAAAAGAAGCUGUACAACCUUUACCGCAUGGACUUCCUGCUCUUCAAUUACUCCAACCCAGAGUACUUGAAGACUAGAUGAGGGCGACUCUCUCCAUGUCAGCUAGAGGUUUAGUAAUCAAUCUGUUUGGCUCUGUAAUUUGUAAUUAAUCUGGGUGCGUAGAGCUUGUAAUUGAUGUUCCAGAUGUUAUUUCUACAGGCCUUGCAAGUAGGGGGAAACAAUACAUUGUCAGAUGUAAGAAGUUUAUGGGCAUAGGUGGCUGACCUUGGAGUCGCUAUAUUUGCUUUAAUCCUCGUCAUGUGGCGUAGAUAAGAGAGAAGCAGGUUCUUCUUUUACAA